AAUAAGCGUAUAAAAUGAUUUGGAUUUCAAGUUGUUGAACGUUAACAAUUCUAUGUUUAAAAGCCUCUAUAGUAGGCCACUGACUGACACAUGAAGACUUGGUUUCACCAUAAGAAGACUUUAUUAUUUCGUCACUCAUUGAAUAUAAAUAAUAAUAUCUUAUUUUAAAACCGAUUUGGCUAUCUUUAAAAAAAAAGCCUGAUAGCAAUUUCAUGUUUUCUGUUUUCAAGGUAAAUCAUACACAGACUCAUUAUGCUGAUGAAAACCGCCGUUACAUUUAUUGGAAACAUCUUUUUAUUGUUAGUUCAGUUUGAUAUAACAUAUUGUAUAUUGCGCCAACAAUCUGACUUUCAAAUUCCUUGUAACAGAACUCUUAUCAAUCUUGAGGAACACGAUCUAGUCGAAUUCAGAGAAUGUGUAUGUAAUCAGACCAUACAGUUGUGUGAGACACGCAAUUUCCAACUCAACUAUUACUCAGAAGAAAAUCAUGAUUGCAGUCUAUCGAUGAAACAGAUUUGCUCCACACAAUUUGUAGGGAUUGUCAAUUGUACUCAUGUUAAUACUAAUGUUUCUACACCAAUUCUAGUGGUUCAAUUUGGAGUAUCUCAGUGUGCUAUUGAGAGUUUAAUCUGUUUCAGCCUCACAAAUGUCCUACCUAAGGACAAAGAUUUUAAUACUUCUUUAAACUUUGAUGGCCCUUCUAGCUCAUUGGUUAAAAUUCCUAGUUCAAUGGAAACAUCAGUAUUCGAACCAUCUGUCUCUGGGAUAAAUCCAACACCAUCCUCAACAACUGGAACAUUUCCCAGCUUAUUGACGCCUACCAUACAUGUAUCUGAUGUGAAUGGAAUCAGCUCAGAUUCGUUUACUUCUUUGGAGAUGACUUUAGUUUCAUCCUUGCCAGAGCCUGGGAUUAAUUCUGUGUUCACUUCAGCUCCUAAGUCCUCCAUGCUGACAACCUUUUCUAGGAUGUCUCCAACCUCAUCAUUCAUUUCAUCAUACACUCAAUUAUACACUCUGGCGUAUGCUCCAUCCAGCACCCAGAUGCCUGGCACAACAUUGGGACCGCCAGAGCGAAGGGACGUUGCCGAGUUGGCGUUGUUGAUCUGCGCUGCCGUGAUGCUGUUCAUCUGUAUACUCAUCCUUGUAGUUGUCAUUGUGUAUUUCAAGAAGCGUCUUGCUCGAUUACAGGAGUCUAGGCGGUCACUUACUUCAUGAAUGACUGCGACAGUCAUACAAGUUGUGUAUGCAUUCCAUUUUAAUGCUUUCUAUCCAAUAGUGCAAGGAGUCCAUGAUCGUUGUAACAUGGGAUCUUAGUUAUGAAAAUGACAGAUAUACAAAGACAGCAAUAGACAGUAUUGGGACUUCAUUGAAAAAAUAAAUGGGCGUGGCCUUUGGAAGUGUUUUUAAACUUUGAACUCGUUCAAUGCAUAUUCAUAUUUUUUAUUUAAUCAGUGCCCACUCAAGCUGCGGGUCUUGAGAUGUCUUUCAUGCUAGCAGCACUCUAGCGACCCACGAGAUAUUGCUAGAGACAAUCUACUUUGUAUGAUAUUGAUACAUGUCUAAUACUUUUAGUUCUAGAUAGGCCUAAGUUAACUUUGUACGAUAUUGAUACAUUUCUAAUACUUUUAGGUCUAGAUAGGCCUAAGUUAACUUUGUACGAUAUUGAUACAUUUCUAAUACUUUUAGUUCUAGAUAGGCCUAAGUUAACUUUGUAUGAUAUUGAUACAUUUCUAAUACUUUUAGGUCUACCGUCUAGAUAGGCCUAAGUUAACUUUGUACGAUAUUGAUACAUUUCUAAUACUUUUAGGUCUAGAUAGGCCUAAGUUAACUUUGUACGAUAUUGAUACAUUUCUAAUACUUUUAGUUCUAGAUAGGCCUAAGUUAACUUUGUAUGAUAUUGAUACAUUUCUAAUACUUUUAGGUCUACCGUCUAGAUAGGCCUAAGUUAACUUUGUACGAUAUUGAUACAUUUCUAAUACUUUUAGGUCUAGAUAGGCCUAAGUUAAAUUGUUUUUAUCAAUGUCAAUAUAUGAGCCUCAGAUUUUGUAUUUACUCUAUGCGUCAUUUUCUAUGUCAGACUUGUUAGAUAAAUAGUCUUUCUCAGGACUAGGUUAACAAAACCUAAUGAUAAUGACCCAAAGAAUCUUACUAUAUGCCUUGGGCAAACAUAUCCCGAAAUGCCCCAUUCAAACCAGCAAUAAAAUGUCACUUGUACACACAAACAAUGAAAUGAACUUUUUAAAUUUUUAUAUAGUCCAUUGUAAUUUUUUUUUAUUUUUUUUUUCUUCUCUUUUUUUUCUUUCUUUAUUAUUUCUUUUUUUUUCUGGAGAGUGUGCUGCCAAGAUGUAUGAAUCUGUCUACUGCGUUUAUAUCAUGUCCAUUUAUCUUGAUGCUUGGAUCCAAGUAGGUUUUCCCUGGAGCAGGCAAAUGUAAGACUUCAGUAUUUUUUGUGUUAAUGGUAAGGCCAAAGUCUGAGCAUGCUCUUGAGAAGUCAAUGACGAUGCUCUGCAGAUCAUUUUCAGAGCAGGCAUUUAGGGCACAGUCGUCAGCAUAUAGCAAGUCCCUGAUUACUGCUGAUUUUAUUUUUUUUAAUUUGCUUUGAGCCGCCUCGGGUUGAAUAAAUCACCAUCAAAUCUGUAUGUUAUAUUUAUUCUGUUGUUUUCUCUAUUUGUGAAUGCAUCUGUCAGCAUAGCAGAGAACAUGAUACUGAACAGUGUAGGUGCUAGGACACAGCCUUGUUUUACCCUGUUUGAUAAUUCGAAGGGCUCUGAUGGUUCUUCGCUUUCCUGGACACGAGCCUUUAUGCCAUCAUGAAAUAGUCUCACCAUGGUUAUGAAUUUUUGUGCAUACCACAUCAGUAUGACAGAACCUAUUCAACUUAGCAAUACAGUUCUAAAAUACAAAAAAAUAUUAAACCGUUUGCAUAAAUGUGCUAA